CCCCGCGAUUAAGCGAGACCAGCCGGCUCAUCCAUCCGUCAAAUGAUGAUUUCCAAACUAAACUAACCCCCUCUCCUCUGCAGCAGCAGUACACCGUACUCUUCUCCUCCUGCCCCCUUUCCCCUUCCUUCCUUCCUCUGCCUUCGUUUCGUUUGGCCGUCGCAUCAGCUCAACCGAAUCCGGCAAACCAAAGUUCGAACGCGCCACCGGUCAAAAGGAAUCCACGAGAUCGAAAGCAACAGCACAGACAGACAGGCUCCAUCAUCCGAUUGCCAACUUUUUCUUCUUUUUAAUUUAUAAAGCAGGAAGGGGGCUUAAAACCCUAGCUUAAUUGGGCGGAGGAAUCCUUCAUCCUGUUCUUCCUCCCAAGGCUGGGCAGUUGCGUGCUCCAGAGGGUUCCAGUUCGUCGGGGCGGCGGGGGAAUCAGUUUUUUCGCCGAUUUUGGGAGCCGCUUAUGAGAGUACCACAGAUGACAAGGGUCAUCCAUGACUCCGGCGAAGGCAUGCAGAAAGAGGCACUUUAUAUGGUAUCAUCUGAUGUCAACUUCCCCAAGGGACAUUUUCCAGACUACAGGAUUGGGCCAAACAAUCAGAUCAUUGACCCAGAGGAGACACAUGAGGUUGUACCUUUGAAGGAGAUUGUUGCAAAGGAAACAGCACAGCUCCUAGAGCAGCGAAGGCGGCUCUCAGUGCGUGAUCUCAAGGAGAAGUUUGAGAAGGGUUUGUCUGGUGCCACCAAAUUGUCUGAAGAGGCUAAGCGGCGAGAAGCAGCCUCACUAGACAGGCAAGUUCUUCUGAAGAAGCUUAGAGAUGUUUUAGACUCUCUGAAAGGCCGUGUGGCUGGUCGAAACAGAGAUGAUGCUGAUGAAGCUAUCUCACUGGUGGAGGCACUAGCAGUCCAGCUUACUCAAAGAGAAGGAGAAUUAAUUUAUGAAAAGGCUGAAGUAAAAAAGUUGGCUAGCUUCCUCAAGCAGGCUACUGAAGAUGCCCGAAAGGUGGCUGAAGAGGAAAGAGCUCUUGCGCUUGCUGAAAUUGAGAAGUCCAGAGCUGCAAUAGCAAAAGUUGAGAAAGCAUUGCAGGAGCAUGAUUCAGCAUCAAGUAGCAGGGAGAAGGAGGAGAUCGAGGAACUUAGAAAAGAGAUCCGAGAGGCAAGAAGAAUAAAAAUGCUACACCAGCCGAGCAAGGUAAUGGACAUGGAGUUUGAACUUCAGGGCUUGCGGACGCUCAUAUCAGAAAAAACUCAGCUUUGCAAUCAGUUAAAGAAAGAGCUUGCCAUGAUCAAGAGGCUUGAACAAGAUAGCUCUAAACUGUUUGAGCUAGAAGGUUCUGAUACUCUUGGAUCACAGUUCCGUAUUAUCCCUCGAGUUGAUGGUGCUCCAGACAUCACAAGCUGUCUUGCUCAGUGGUACCGUGUAAUUUCUGGAGGCAGUAGAGAGCUCAUAUCAGGAGCUACGAGACUUACCUAUGCUCCAGAGCCAUCUGAUAUUGGCCAAUUGUUGCAAGCAGAGAUAAUUUUGAAAGCAGAUAAAGUUACAGUUCAGACAGAUGGUCCUGUAAAUCCUGCUGCAGGACUGGAACGUUAUGUGGAGUCGCUAAUGAGAAGGACAGAUAUUGAGUUCAAUGUGGUAGUCACCCAAAUGAAUGGGAAUGAUUACUCAUCAAACUCUGUCCAUGUAUUUCAUAUCGGAAAGCUGAGAAUAAAGCUUCGAAAAGGAAGGUCUACGAAAGCAAGAGAGUCAUAUUCCACCACAAUGAAGUUGUGUGGAAGCCGUGGUGGUGGUAAUGCUGCGGCUCGUGCAGUUUUCUGGCAAGCUAGGAAAAGCCUAUCCUACACUUUAGCUUUCGAAACAGACAGGGAUAGGAAUGCUGCAAUCAUGCUUGCUCGUAAAUUUGCUUCCAAUUGCAAUGUUGCUCUCACUGGACCAGGCGAUCAAGUCCAUGGUGGAGGCUGACGAACUAAUUUAGCCUGGUUUUGACAGCGCUGCAUAUAUAAUUAGUUUGUGAAUUUGGGUGCUUGUCUAUUUGUGUUUGUGAGAGAGUAGAGGCAUUCUUUUUAUUUUGCCUGCCUGCAGCUCUUAUAACAAUGGUAAAAGAAGGAAAGAAAACGCUGCACAAUUUGAUUGUAUCUUGUAUAUUACAUCUGUGUGAAAUUUGAAAAGAAGAUGAGAUUUUUUUUAGUGUAGCUCAGUAUCUUUCCCUUGAGUUAUCAAGAAAUGUACAGAUAAGAGAUAAUCAUCAUCUAUUUCACCUAUCACUUUUUUCA